AUGAUCGCCAUUGCUGGGCCUGGAGUUUCACCCAUCGGACCUAAAUGGUAUCUCUGGAUCUUCUGUACUGUCGAUGUCAUCUCCCUUGUCAUCCAAGCCGUCGGCGGAGGUAGCGCAGCUGUAGCCUUCAACUCUGAACCCAUUGGGAACACCAAGGUCGGCACCAACAUCAUGGUUGCUGGUAUCGAUUUCCAGCUGGUUUCGGUUGUCAUCUUCAGCGUUCUCUUCUUCCUCUUUCUCUACAGAGCAUCCGCCAAGCUCAGCCUUCCUGCUUUCAAGAACGACAAGAACAUGAAGCUACUCGUCCUCGUCACCUCAUUCUCCAUUCUUCUUAUCAUCAUGAGAAGUAUCUACCGUACAGUCGAACUUGCUGGCGGUUGGACCGGACAUGUCAUCGAGACCGAGAGAUACUUCAUCGCCCUCGAUGGUGCACCCAUGGCCGCCCUUGUCAUCGCCUUCAACAUCCUGCAUCCUGGCGUUCUGAUCAAUCGCGUUAUUACUCGCAAUGGUGCUCAGACUGCUGAAAAAUCGUCGAACCGCUCUAGCAAGCAUGACACUCCUAUAUCAGACGCAUCUGUAUGA